CUUUAUUGAAAUGAUAUAUCAUACACUAACGAAAUAUAACAUACUUCAAUUUGUGUCUUAAGUUAUUUAAACUGUUCUUUUUUCGUUGAAUUUCUUCACAAUGUACGAACCUUUUGCUACGUUUGAGGAAUUUUUUCAGGGUGAACAAAAAAAAUAUAAACAACUUAAACUCGAUGACGUCGAAAAGUUAAAAGACAGCUUGGCAGCAGAAAAACAAUUAACAUCACCUUUAACAGAUAAGAAACUUGUUGCUAUUCUUCAUAGCUGUUUUUUCGAUUUGGAUUUUGCUCGAAAAACAGCCAUUUACUGUCGAAAGAGUUACUUAGAACUCUCACACGUAUUCGCUGAGCAGGACCCAAUGUCUAAAUCAAUGCAAACAUUUCAUAAAUUAGCAAGCGUUUGUGAUUUGACUCAUGACAAAACUGGUAGCGGAGUACGUUACAUCUAUCUUCAACUUCAAGAUGUUGAUCCACGGAAGUUUGAGUUUACAUCCUUAUUAAAGGCAUUGGUCAUGCAACUAGAAUAUAUACUAUUGUGCAAUGGUACAUUUGAUGGACUUGUUGUUAUAUUUAAUUGCGUUGGCUUGCAUUGGCGUCACGUAUUAAAAGUCUCUUUAUCUACAGCCAAAAGAUUCAUAGAAUUUUUACAAGAAGGGAUUCCGUUAAGAUUACAAGAAAUUCAUUUCAUGAACGCUGGAAGUGCAUUUCAGAUGCUGUAUAAACUUCUCUCGCCAUUUAUUAGCGAGGAUUUAAAAGAGAAAAUAAAAUUACAUGCGGUCGGUUCUGAUGACAUUUUCACAUUUGUACCAAAAUCUAUUUUCCCGAAAGAAGCCGGAGGACAAGCGAAAUCACACGUUGACUUAAACGAACUGAUGUAUAAAAACUUACACUAUUGCCGUGAAUGGUUUAUUCAGCAAAAUGACUCGUUGAAAAAGCAAUUAAAAUAAUAAAAUGCUUUAACUGUACAAAUAAUUGUUUAUCUACUUAAUUGUUGUAAGAAGGGAAUGUUAACACUGUUAUUUUUAUAAUUAAAUUUCACACAAUACAUACAGAAAUUGUGUUUAUAUCAAUAUUUAAUUUUCCAUGGUAAUUUUGAUUUUUCGGUCUGCAACAUGUCACAUUAUUAUUGCGGUUUACAGUGAAUAUUAAAGAUUACAGAUUACAGUUAAUAAUAAAAUAGUAAAAAGAUUC